UAUGUGUCGGACUCUCUCUGUUCGGUUUAGUGUCGAGGCAGGAAAGGUUUUAUUAGAAGGAGGGCGAAGUUAAAUAGUCGGGAAGAUGCGGCAUUUAGGACCGUGUCGGCUUCUGUUGUUGUUGUUAGCGGUAGGGUGGACGUUCUGCGAGAGUGACGUGAAGUUUGUUUUCUCGAUGGGUGCCGUGAUGCGGCAAGGGGGAACUAACCAGAUGUGCCUGCUUUUGGAGAACCUCGCCUCCUCCUAUGAAGGUCAGGACAGGAACGUCGCCAUCAACAUGGACAUGAACGUCAGUUAUGGCGAGGAGAUUGAUUUUCCGGAUUUCGCGAUGGAUAUGCCAAUUGACGACUCGGUGGAGAUUCAGGAUCGAAUGUAUUUCUGUCAGAAGUUUGAUGCCCCCAAGGAAGGGCGAUCUUACAUAGCAACUGUCAACAUUACCCUUAACAACGGAAACUCACAGGAGCUAUUUGGAAUGUCCCAAACCGUUGUAGUGGUCGCCCCAUCUCCGUCCAUCACACUAAUACAGACGGACAAACCAAUCUACAAGCCGGGCGAAACAGUCAGAGUCCGUGUCGUUACCAUGGAUACUGAACUUGUACCCAACCGAUUUUUCUACCCGGAAAUCACCAUUGAGACUCCCGACGGUCUUCGGGUAAUGCAAUGGAACGAUAUCCAGACAGAGUCAGGCUUGGUGACUCUAGAGAUGCCACUGAGCUCAGACCCCGUUCUCGGGGAUUGGAAUAUCAAAGUCGUAAGUGAAGAUAAGACAAAAGCCAGUGAGGAACAGACGUUCAAGGUCGACGAAUACGUGUUACCAAAGUUUGAGGUGACUGUUACCCCACCCUCCUACUUGUUACCGACCAACAAAAAGGUUUCAGGAACGGUCUGCGCCAAAUACACAUAUGGGAAGAACGUACAGGGUACACUGCGUCUGGAGGCGUGCUUCAGGUCAUGGUAUUGGAUCAGGCCUAAGAGUGACGAGUUACGACCCUGCGCUGUUAUCAUUGCCGAUAUUGACGGCUGUUAUGAAUUCCACAUUGAUGCGGAUGAGCUACGAUUGGGGGAAUCACGUUUUUCCUCCUACGGCCGACUGACGCUUCAAGCUAACGUCACAGAGGAUGGCACAGGUGUGGAACUGUACGGUGAGAGUGACGGACCUUCUAUGUCGAUGAACGUUCUUACUCUGGCUAUUGAGGACGACUCAGAUGGGUUUUUCAAGCCUGGCUUCCCCUACAGGGGCAGGGUUGUCGUAACUAACCCUGAUGGUACUCCUGCCCCUGGCGAGCUGAUUCAAGUCACUCUUCAGAACCGCGGCUGGAAAGAGGACUACUACUGGCAGGCAAACUUCACCUCGGAUGUCAACGGAAUCGUCCAUUUUGCAAUAUCUGAGCUGAACGAUGCAGGGGGAGAAUACUAUCUAGAGGCGGAAGCGGUAGUUUAUAGUGACGACUGGCGCUACACAAGUGACACGUAUUUCUACCGGACAUGGACGUCUGGCGCAUACAAGACACUCUCCCAAUGGUACUCGCCCUCCAACAGUUUUAUAUUCAUUCCGGAAGUGACGGAAACGACGCCUUGCGAUGGCACUUCGGAAAUUGACGUUUAUUACACGGCGAUGGAAGGAGAAGAUUACCGGUUUACAGUGACAGUUCUCUCCAACAAAAUGUGGCUCAGCACAGAGGAAAUCGCACAGACGUUUGAUGGGACCUCCGCCAUCAUCGCGGGCCUCAAGCCUUCUGAGAUCCUCAAGAAAUACAAGACAGAACAAACCGAGUACUACCCACUUCCUCCUCUACCGGAUAUAUACUAUGACGGACAGGAAGAUUCAUCAGAUUCAUUAGAUGAUGUCGGGGCCGAAAACAUGCCCAUAGAAAACACAACCAUGGUUCAUGAAGUUCCGGUAGUCGAGGAAACCAUUGUUCCGGAAGUUGCUCAUACUCUCGGCGAAUCAGAGCAACCGAUGCCUGAAAAGAAAGCUAUAGGACAUUUCAAACUACGACUUCCGGUUUCGGAUGAAAUGACACCGGAAGCAACCGUGCUUUUGUACUACAUGAGGUCGGAUUAUGAGAUCGUUGCCGCGACGACCACUAUCAAGGUCCAGAAAUGCUUCAGGAAUAAGGUGCAGAUGGGUUUCAACAAAGCAGAAGCGCGUCCUGGAGAUGAGGUGGAGUACCUCCUGCAGGCGGCCCCGGGAUCCCUGUGUUCCGUGGGAAUGGUGGACAAGAGUGUCACUUUGUUGGCUGGAGACAACCAUCUCACUCCUGACGAGGUGUUGAAAAGAGUGAACGAGGCCAAGCGCGUCUACGCGCACACUUUCUACUAUGACGAAGAUGGAGCAUACUGUGAUAAAUACUUCCAGAAUCACUCACCAACACAAUCCCAUCCGGAUGAGCGCUGGUAUUCCUCAUCUCCCGUGGGAAAUGACGCGUCAACUGCAUUUAGGGAUGCCAGAGUUUGGGUAGCGUCCAACGGUGUAUUGAAGUCGAGGCCAUGCAAAAAGUACGCACCGGUCGCAUAUGCGUCUUACCUCGGGGGCCCGGUUCCAAUGGAGGCCCCUGAGUCACUUUCGGGCCAAGCCGGUCUUGCUGAUAAUACCGAUACACGAAUGCUGCAAAUGAGACGUGAUGGUGUCGACAAUUCUAAGUCAGGGGUAGUAGAGCGAAUCCGAAGCGUCUUCCCGGAAACUUGGUUAUGGGACUUUAUUCAGAUGGGAGAUACUGGUACGAUGGCCAAGCAAACGGUUAUGCCGGACACAAUCACCGAGUGGCAAGGUAACGCUUUAUGCAGUCAUCCGUCUUCCGGUGUGGGCGUAUCUCCGCUGACGUCAAUAACAGGAUUUCAGCCGUUCUUCGCUUCUAUGACCCUUCCGUAUUCGGCGGUCCGCGGAGAGACACUUCCGGUGACCGUCACCGUGUUUAACUACCUCGAGGAGUGUGUAGCGAUGGAGGUAACGCUUCGGGAGGCGGACGGUUUUGAGUUUACUGGAGCGAGCGGCAAUUCCCGGCAUUUCUGUCUAUGCGGGGGCGAUAGCGAGUCGACCAAGUUCUAUAUCAUACCAACCAUCAUCGGCGAGAUUGACCUCACAGCCACGGCGGUAUCGGUUGCUGAUCAGAUGUUGUGUACCAACGUGAACCUGAACACAGAUUACGUCGGUGUGUCUGACGGCGUCCAGAAGCAGCUCCUUAUUGAGGCAGAGGGUCAACCCAAAGAGGAAACUAGCAGCGCUUACAUGUGUGCUAAAGAUGGCGUGAGUGACGUAGAACUGGUCGAACCGCAGUUUCCGGAAUUAUUGGUUCCCGAUUCCACAAGGGCAACUGUCGCCAUUGUAGGCGACAUCAUGGGACCAACCCUUUCCAAUCUGCAGAACCUUUUGAAGAUGCCAUACGGAUGUGGUGAGCAGAACAUGGCAUCUUGGGCCCCAAACAUUUUCGUGCUUCAGUACCUCGAUGCCACUAGACGCUCAUCCCCCGAAAUCACGGACAAAGCCACUGGAUAUAUGCGGAUAGGUUACCAACGGCAACUGAAGUACCGCCACAACGACAACGCGUACAGUAUCUGGGGAGAGAACCAGUAUGGGAACGAAACCGGAAGUUUAUGGCUCACCGCCUUUGUCGUCAAGUCAAUGGCACUCUCUGCCAAAUACGUCACGAUUGACGAAGAUGAUGUCAACAAAAGUGGUUUGUGGAUCCUAUCCCACCAACAGGAGGAUGGCUGUUUCCCUAAGGUUGGAAAAACGUUCAGCUCUUACCUGAAAGGUGGGCUGGAUGGGGACGAGGUAACAGGCCUGACCGCCUUUACACUAGUGGCCCUGCUAGAGGGAGGCUUCAGCAGGAGCAACCAGAGUGCCAUAGACAAGGGUUUCUCGUGCAUUGGUGCCAUGGAUCUGCAGGCAGUGGAUACGUACACCCUGUCCGUCAUUGCGUACGCAUACAGCCUAUACAACCCGAGCGAUGAUCGCACCACCGCCGUUCUCGCAGAGUUGGACAAACGCAAACUGACACGAUCCGGUCAGACUCACUGGGAACGGACACCGGAGGCAGAUAAAGAGAAUGAAGAUGAUGCCGGCUGGUGGUAUUACGCCGCGCCGUCCGCCGAAGUGGAGAUGACUGCCUACGUUCUUCUGGCAUUGCUGGAGACUAAAACCAGCGUGGACGAGAUGGCGCCUAUCGUGCAGUGGAUUUCUAGACAGAGAAAUGCUUACGGAGGUUUCUCCUCUACACAGGACACUGUGGUGGCGCUGCAAGCGUUGGCUAAAUUCGGCGCCGUAUCCUUCUCGGGAGAACAGGAUUUGCAAAUUGAUGUAAGACAAGAUCGUCAGGCAUAUAAUUUCAGAGUGACAGCCGACAAUAAUCUUGUAUACCAGUCCACCGACCUUCUAAAUACAGAACCUGUCGAAAUAUCAGUGUCCGGUUCGGGCUGUGUUCUCGCCCAGGUGAACCUAAAAUAUAAUGUCUAUCGGACGGAAGAUACAGGUCCGGCGUUUAGCGUUGAAGUACUGGUCUACAGAUCAAGGACGCAGAAGAACAACUGUGCAAUGCGAACGUUGGAAGUCUGUGCAAGUUACUUGAAGAGUGGAGUUUCAAAUAUGGCUAUUGCGGAGAUCAAAAUGCCUACUGGCUGGGUUCCUGUUACAAGCACCCUAGAUCAGCUCGUUGGGACAGGCCGGAUCCAGAAGUACGAGAUCGAUGAAAACUUUGUAGAGCUCUACUUUGACGAGUUUACAAGUAAAAAGAGCUGUGUGGACUUCGAGGUUGAGCAGGAAAUUCGAAUGAGCCCUCUCCCCGCCCGUGUACAGGUCUACGACUACUACGAAACAAGAUACAGCGUUACAGUGGAUUACAGUAUCGCAACGACGUGUGGAACGAAGCAAGAAAUCCCCUUGGAUAAUGAAGGCAUAGAUUGCUCCGUGAUGCAGUGUCGCGUGACGGAGGAAUUCAGCAGGGGCUGUCCCAGCUGUCCUGAUACAGAACUUUCUAUGGAAGAAGUACAGAAACUUCAUUGCGAAUCGUACGCUAUAUAUAAGGCAAUAGUCGGCCGAAGUGGUGAAUACCCCAUCAAAAUAAAGGCCGAUCUACGACCGAAAGAGAAGAAAUCAAUGGACGACUUUGUAGGGUACAGGCUCGGCGCCGACUGUUCAUGUCCCAUCUUGGAAUCCACAGAGGCCAGAGCGAUUAUAUUCCGAAGUAAGGGGUCAACAGAGAACGACAGGGAAAACCUCGACUUCAAUUUUGCCGACACCAUCUUACUUUUAAACAGUAAAACGGAACGCACUGUCCGAAAGCUUGCCUCGAGGAACAACAUUUGUGGAAAACUUGACAGGCUUAGGCGCUCAAAGUCAGCCUCUAGUGAGCGCAAAUUGAACAGAUUGUUUCAAAAGCUAGGCUUCUGAUAUAUCUACUAUCAGGUCUGCACUACAAAGCAUCAGUGAACAAUACUAGCCUAUCUUUAUAUAGUUCAUAAAUAGUAUGCCAUAUUUAAUACUUUGUGUAGCUAAUAUUGUCACUUUGUUCAUAUUGAUUAUGAAUAUUGAAUUUAAUUUAGGAGAUUGUAGAAGAUAGCUGGUUAAGAAGGUGUGAUCAGUUGUUAUGAUAAAAUUGUUCUCCACAACAUGAUGAAGAAUCUAUAAAUCGUCAUCCAGUGUUAACCUCUGCGCUUGACAAUGGUCAAGUAUGCUGUUGACACGCAGAUUGUGUAUUUGUCAAUGUUGGCAUCAUUGUCAGCUUAUGACUUUGUUCAUUAAUCCGUUUUAGCAUUAUUGAUUAAAUUCACAAACACUGGUUUAAUAUUGAACAAUAUGAAAAUGACAUUUUACACAUCUGCGACCAGUUACUAAUGACCUAUUGUCGCGUUUGGUUAACGUAUGGUUGAUUUCAAUGUGGCUUUGAGCUUGAAUAUGCCCCCAAAAACGGAAGUUGCCAUAUGUGAAAUUAAUUGUAGUUUGAUUUAGAUCUCCCCAUGACCUUGGCUUGCCACAUUGUAUGUGAACAGAGUGACUUACUUCAAGUUUGAAUUUCAACAUGGGUAGUGACGCUGUUAAAGACAGUCGAAAAUCCCAUUGUAGAUUAUUCACUUGUUGAUCAUAUUGCUUUUCUUGUACGCGACACAGAGUAAUCGUAAUAGUUUGUAUACUUUUCAUGAACAGCAGUGUAUUAAGGGCUUCUAUGUAUAGCGUGAAUUGAAACCAAGAUUGUAAAGCUUCAUCACAUUAUCUGUGCAAUAAUUAACUAUUUAGCUUGUGUUUAUAUAUGUUUUGUACUUUUGAAUAAAAACAUAAAGAAAAGUGUAA